ACUCCGGACAAUAAUAAUGAAUUUCACAAAUUAAAGUGUACAUUUGAUCGGGUAACUAGCGCGCGAGCGAGGCGUUAAAAAUGGGACGGGCGCAGGAGCUGUUUCCGAUAUUCAUAUUAUUAUUGCUGUUAUCACUGGAGAGUGGAGCUGCUGCAGGUGGCCUUAAUUACCGCGAAGCCCUCCACAAAGCCAUCGUCUUCUUCGAGGGCCAACGAUCCGGGAAGCUCCCUCGUACAAACCGUAUGACGUGGAGGAGGGAUUCUGCUCUCUCCGACGGUUCCCUCCAACAUGUGGACUUAGUGGGAGGGUACUAUGAUGCUGGAGACAAUGUGAAGUUCAAUUUCCCGAUGGCGUACACCGCCACCAUGCUGUCGUGGAGUGUGCUGGAGUACGGCCGGAAAAUGAAAUCGCUGUCGGAGUUGGAAAAUGCCCGGGACGCCAUUCGCUGGGCCACCGACUACCUCCUCAAGUGCGCCGUUCAUCUCUCCGCCGGGAGGCUCUACGUGGGCGUCGGAGACCCCAGCCAAGACCACCUCUGCUGGGUACGCCCCGAGGACAUGGACACCCCACGCACCGCCUACUGGGUCACAUCCCGAACUCCCGGGUCCGAAGUCGCGGCGGAAACCGCUGCCGCAAUGGCCGCCGCCUCCUUGGUUUUCCGGCGAGCCGAUCCCGCGUAUUCUUCAACGCUCCUCAAAACUGCAAAGCAAGUGUUUCGUUUUGCAAAUUCGUAUCGGGGCUCCUACGGAGAUUCACUUCACUCUGCUGUCUGCCCCUUCUAUUGCUCCUAUUCCGGAUAUCAGGACGAAUUAUUAUGGGGAGCAGCAUGGCUGCUCAGAGCAACAAAUGAUCUCAGAUAUCUCAAAUUCAUAAAGAAAAUCAAAGUCAAUGGAUUGCCGGACCUAUUUAGCUGGGACAAUAAGUAUGCAGGGGCGUAUGUUCUUCUCUCAAAGUGGGCUGUGGUGAAAAAAGAUGGAAGGUUUAAUGCCUACAAAGAGGGCGCAGAACAUUUCAUGUGCGCCAUUCUCCCCAAACACCUUUCCCCCGGCUCUACGACCACAUACACAGAUGGUGGUCUCAUGUACAAGCUGCCUGAAUACAAUAUGCAAUAUGUGACAUCCAUCACAUUCUUGAUGACCACCUAUGCCAAGUACAUUGCAUCGACAAAGACACUGUUUUAUUGUGGAGACAACUCUAUUACUCCUCAUACUCUACGCAGCCAAGCAAAAACACAGGUGGACUACAUUUUGGGGGAAAAUCCAAAGCGGAUGUCGUACAUGGUCGGAUUUGGGGAAUAUUUUCCGAAAAGGAUCCACCACAGGGGGUCAUCUUUGCCUUCUACGGUGGCAAAUCCAGGUCAUUUGAGUUGUAACUAUGGCUUUGAGUAUUUUUACCAUACUUUGAAGUCCAAUCCCAAUAUCUUAACUGGAGCCAUAGUCGGGGGUCCAACAAUAAGAGAUGAAUUCGUAGAUGAUCGUACCAACUAUAAUCAGUUAGAACCUACAACAUACAUUAAUGCCGCUGCUAUUGGACCUCUAGCUUACUUUGCGGCCAGAUACCAGAGCUAGAAGUGAACUGAUGAGUAUGUUGGUUUCAUUUACGUAGUAUAUGCCAACAAUCUUUUGUGAAGUGUUUGUGACUCUGAUUCACUUCAAACCUCGUUAAUAUUUCCACUGCAUUUCAUAAAUUUUACAUACUCAAAGAGACAGACUUAAAAAGUGAA